GGAGGCUGAAAGAAAGAAAAAAAAGAAUGAAAGAAAGAGAGAAAGAGGGCACUGUUUGAGGAAACAUUGGUAUUUCCUAUUUGAUGAUGGAGGAACUGAAUCUGUGAGGGGACGGGCGCAACCAUCUGAAUGUGAAGGAGGCAAAAUGGCAGACGAUAUCCGCACUAAAAUAGAAAACUUCAAAACUGCUCCAUUCGAUGCCCGGUUCCCCAAUCAGAAUCAGACCAAACACUGCUACACCAACUAUCUGGAUUAUCAUCGCUGCAUGAAGGCUAAGGAUAGCAAAGGACAAGAUCAGUAUCCCUGUGAAUGGUACCGUCGUGUUUAUAGGUCAAUGUGCCCGCUGAAAUGGGUUGAAAAGUGGGACGAACAGAGAGAGAAUGGAACAUUCCCGGGGAAAAUCUAAGCUAUGGGCUCUGCUCAGUACAGUAGUCCUGUCAAUGCCUGUGUCAGUGCUUUAUACUGUCCAAUGAUACUAUUUGCAUCUGUCAUUAAGUGAAGAGCAAUUCCUUUUUAUGUUCAUUAAAUCUUCCAAAACAAAA